AUGUCUUUCUAUGAAGACGUUCAAACUCUCGUUGUUGACAACGGUUCUGGUAUGUGUAAAGCUGGUUUUGCUGGUGAUGAUGCUCCAAGAGCUGUCUUUCCCUCAAUUGUUGCUAGACCAAAGCAAAAGUCAAUCAUGAUUGGAAUGUUUGGUAAGGAUGCCUAUGUUGGUGAUGAAGCUCAAUACAAGUGUGGUGUCUUGACUUUAAGGUAUCCAAUUGAGCACGGUAUUGUUACUAAUUGGGAUGAUAUGGAAAAGAUCUGGCAUCACACCUUCUACAAUGAAUUAUGUGUUGCUCCUGAGGAACAUCCAGUCUUGUUGACUGAAGCUCCUUUUAAUCCAAAGCCAAAUAGAGAAAAGAUGAGUCAAAUCAUGUUUGAAACCUUCUCAGUUCCGGCCAUGUAUGUUUCCAUUCAAGCUGUCUUGUCAUUGUAUGCUUCUGGUAGAAGUACUGGUAUAGUUUUGGAUUCUGGUGAUGGUGUUUCACACACUGUUCCAAUUUAUGAAGGUUAUGCCUUGCCACAUGCCAUUUUGAGAUUGGAUUUGGCUGGUCGUGACUUGACUGAUUGUUUGAUGAAUAUUUUGAUGGAAAGAGGUUACUCAUUCAAUACUACUGCUGAAAGAGAAGUUGUCAGAGGUAUUAAGGAAAAGCUCUGUUAUAUUGCUUUAGAUUUCGAAGCUGAAAUGAAAGUUGCUGCUGAAUCAUCCUCCGUGGAAAAGUUAUACGAAUUACCAGAUGGUAAUGUGAUAACAAUUGGUAACGAACGAUUCAGAUGUCCAGAAGUUUUAUUCCAACCUAAUUUGGUUGAAAAAAUGGAGGCUGCUGGUGUUCAUGAAAUGGCAUUCAACUCAAUUGGUAAAUGUGACAUUGACAUUAGAAAGGAAUUGUAUGGAAAUGUUGUCUUGUCAGGUGGUAAUACCAUGUUCGAAGGUAUUGCUGAAAGAAUGACCAAGGAAUUGACUGCUUUGGCACCAGCCUCAAUGAAGAUAAAGGUUGUCGCCCCACCUGAAAGAAAGUAUUCAGUUUGGAUUGGAGGUAGUAUCCUCGCGAGUCUUGCAACCUUUCAGCAGAUGUGGAUAUCGAAAGAGGAAUAUGAGGAGGCUGGUCCAGGUUUUGUUCAUAGAAAGUGUUUCUAA